GCGACGCGCCGCCGCAUGGAGCCCGCCGCCGGCUUCCUGUCCCAGCGCCCCUUCCCGCGCGCUGCCGCCCCGCCCUCGUCCCCCGCCGGGCCCGGGCCGCCUCGAAGUGCGGUGCCGGGACCUGAGCUGGAGGUGCUGGCCGGGGCACCGGCGCCGGACCCUGGGCGUCUCAUCACGGACCCGCGCAGCGGCCGCACCUACUUCAAAGGCCGCCUGUUGGGCAAGGGGGGCUUCGCUCGCUGCUACGAGGCCACUGACACAGAGACUGGCAGCGCCUACGCGGUCAAAGUCAUCCCGCAGAGCCGCGUCGCCAAGCCGCAUCAGCGCGAGAAGAUCCUAAACGAGAUUGAGCUGCACCGAGAUCUGCAGCACCGCCACAUCGUGCGUUUCUCACACCACUUUGAGGAUGCUGACAACAUAUACAUUUUCCUGGAGCUGUGCAGCCGAAAGUCCCUAGCCCACAUCUGGAAGGCCCGACACACCCUUUUGGAGCCAGAGGUGCGUUACUACCUAAGGCAGAUCCUUUCAGGCCUCAAGUACCUGCACCAGCGGGGGAUCUUGCACCGGGAUCUCAAGCUGGGAAAUUUUUUCAUCACUGAGAACAUGGAGCUGAAGGUGGGGGAUUUUGGACUGGCUGCCCGGUUGGAGCCCCCAGAGCAGAGGAAGAAGACCAUCUGUGGCACCCCCAACUAUGUGGCUCCAGAAGUGUUGCUGAGACAGGGCCAUGGCCCCGAGGCAGAUGUGUGGUCGCUGGGCUGUGUCAUGUAUACACUGCUGUGUGGGAGCCCCCCCUUUGAGACAGCUGACCUGAAGGAGACAUACCGCUGCAUCAAGCAGGUUCACUACACGCUGCCUGCUAGCCUUUCACUGCCUGCCCGGCAGCUCCUGACUGCCAUUCUACGGGCCUCGCCCCGAGACCGCCCCUCGAUCGACCAGAUCUUGCGCCAUGACUUCUUUACCAAGGGCUACACCCCUGACAAGCUUCCUGUCACUAGCUGCAUGACUGUCCCGGACCUGACACCCCCCAACCCGGCCAGGAGUCUCUUUGCCAAGGUUACCAAGAGCCUCUUUGGCAGGAAGAAGAACAAGAGCAAGAACCAUCCUGAGGAGCGGGACGAGGUCUCCUGUUUGGUGAGCGGCCUCGUGCGGACAUCCCUUGGCCAACAGGAUGCCAGGCCUGAGGCUCCAGCAGCCUCUGGUCCAGCCCCUGUCAGCCUGGUAGAGACAGCACCUGAAGACAGCUCACCCCGUGGGACGCUGGCAAGCAGUGGAGAUGGGUUUGAAGAAGGUCCAACUGUGGCCACAGUGGUGGAGUCAGCCCUCUGUGCUCUGAGAAACUGUGUGGCUUUCAUGCCUCCAGGUAAGGCUGGGGUCCAGGUCGUUGGAAUGAUGAUGGGAGUUAUUUGGCUGGCAGGCCAGGAACAGGUCUUCACUGCCUCCUUUCCCAUGACAGCGGAACAGAACCCGGCCCCCCUGGCACAGCCAGAGCCUCUGGUGUGGGUCAGCAAGUGGGUUGACUACUCCAACAAGUUUGGCUUUGGGUAUCAACUGUCCAGCCGCCGUGUGGCUGUGCUCUUCAAUGAUGGCACACACAUGGCCCUGUCAGCCAAUAGAAAGACUGUGCACUACAACCCCACCAGCACAAAGCACUUCUCCUUCUCUGUGGGCACUGUGCCCCGGGCCCUGCAGCCUCAGCUGGGUGUCCUGCGGUAUUUUGCCACCUAUAUGGAACAGCACCUCAUGAAGGGUGGAGAUCUGCCCAGUGUGGAAGAGGUGGAGGUGCCUGCCCCCCCAUUGCUGCUGCAGUGGGUCAAGACUGAUCAGGCCCUACUCAUGGUGUUUAGUGAUGGCACUGUCCAGGUAAGAGCCACUCCUAGCAUUGGGGGGAAGGUUUGGGAGACCCAGGGCGCUGGGAAAGAGACUGGUCCUGGAGCUGCGGCCCUGAUCAUGCUGCCCUCCUGUGCACAGGUGAACUUCUAUGGGGACCACACCAAGCUGAUCCUCAGUGGCUGGGAGCCUCUCCUUGUGACUUUUGUGUCCCGAAAUCGCAGUGCUUGUACUUACCUUGCUUCCCACCUUCGGCAGCUGGGCUGCUCCCCAGACCUACGGCAACGGCUCUGCUAUGCUCUGCACCUGCUCCGGGACCGCAGUCCUGCCUAGGGUCCAACCUGCAGAGCAGGCCUUGACCCAAGCCCUCAGUCCUGAGGCCUGUGCCUGUGAGGCCUGGACCCUUGCCUUUGUGGCCCUCCCCCUCCCUUUGGUGCCUCACUGGGGGCUCUGGGCUGAAUACCGCAGGGAAUCAGGGACCAGCUUUACUGGGGUUGGUGGCUGCCUGUCCUGGCCCGUGCCUGUCCCUUCUCCAAGAAAAGCCUGAGCCUUAGCCCCCAGCUAGGGGGCAUUAUAUUUAUAGACCACUUUUAUUUAUUAACAGACGUUUAUUUAUUGGGAUAGGAGCCCCGGGGAGGGCCUCCUCCUGGGAAAAUAAACCGUUUUUGCAGAACUUGGAGACCUCCUCACUCACAAUAGAGCCCGUGGACUAUGGCCACAGCGAAGAGCGAGGCGUUGGUGAAGGUGGCUGAGGCCAGCCCGUCGCGUGUCGUGUCCCACAGCGCGCGGCUCACCACGCGCACGUCCUGGCCAGCGCGAGGCCCCAGCACCACGCUGCACACUAGCUUGUAGCGUGGAGGGCUCAACUCACGCAGGCGCAGGCGCACCUGGUCGCAGAGCUCCCGCGCCAGCGGCCCAGCCUCCGAGCCUGAGUAGCACACAUCGUACAGCUUUGCGGCCAGCGCCUCCUCAAGGGCGCUUUGUGCACGCGCAGUCUGCCAGCGCUCCCCAGGCAAGGGCUCCAUGCGGUAUGACGGCGCCACCCGGCGGGCAGGCACCAGGGGCAGCCCUGAGAAGCUGACCCGGGAACUUAGAGGGGGCACCGGGCCCAGGGAUGGUCGCCGACCCCCAGGACCCACGCCAGGCCCCACCAGCGAGUUGCGGCGUGAGAAGGACGUGCUCAGGCCCAACACAGAGCCACGAUGGGAGGCUGGGCUCAGACCAGGACCUGUGGGUCGAGCCUCAUCAAUGCUAGGCAGGCGGCCUAGGGGUCUCAGCGGUGGUGGUUUUGGCCCGGGGUCUUUGGCAGUCUUCUCUUCCUCCUGGAGUCGGGGGUGCAGAGGCCUGCCAGCCAUGGACCUGCCAACUGGAUAGACCCACACGUAGGCAGGAUGGCCUUCACUCCACUGGUCAUCUUCACACACUAUCUAGUCUCUGAUUCAGUGAUGUCAAGAGUUUUUACCCCUUACCUCUUUUUUAAGAAUCCUUGGUGCUGCAGUGGUUAAAUGCUUGGCUGCUAACUGAGAGGUUUUUGGUUCAAACCCA